GCGACUUUGUUACAAGUUGGCAAAUAAAUUUAGGAUACCACGCUGGUGGAGGUCAUAGCGCAGCAAAAUGUCGCUCGCUCAAGCUUGCAGAGGAUGCUCUAAAACAACCUCCAGAGGUACCAGCUCUUCGAUACCCAUAGGACAUUUCACUGUUGAUCAUUUGUGUCCUAUCAGCAAUCUCGUUCGAGGGCCUGUCACGGCCCCAAACGGCUGCUUCAAUUCUGCUGGGGCUCCUUCGUCGCGGAGAUCCUGGCGCACGAACAUAACAUGCAACAACAGCGCGUCCCAAAAUGCUCUGACAACCGUUGAGAUUUCGGCGCGCGAGCAGGAGGCGGCGAGAACCCUAGAGCCGGCCUCAGCGGAUGUCAACGCCCCUCCUCCACCGGCGACUGACUCUUCUGCGCUACGCGCCAACAUGCAGUCUCGCUAUGAACAGGCUUACAGCAUGAGCCAGCUUUAUGCGGCCGAACGGCCCCCUCCAAUUCCGCCCAGCGAGCAUGAGCGUCGUCGCCGCGUAAAGGACAUCCAAGAAGUCGUCGAUGCGGGUCGUCGUAAGGGGCUCCAGGAGGACGUCAUCCGCAGCGGCCUGACCCAGAUGGACGCCCUGCUACCUGGAGUGCUGAGCCUGCACAGAAUGAAGCCCUCCGACUGGGCAACAGUUGCCUCCGAUGUCAACGGCGUAGCCGAGAAGGUCAUCUUGCUCAAGUCAUUGUAUCCAACUGCCGAUAUCUUUAAAAUCGUAUUUAAGAAGCCCAAGCUGCUGCUGCUAACCACCAAGAGGCUGGAGCAGGACGCCGCACAGAUUAUGCGUCUGCUCUCCUCCGCCCCCAACCCCUGCGCCAUCCUGGAGUCCACCCCCGACCUGGUGGACCCCCUCUCCCUGUCGCGCUGCCUGGCGAACCUGGCCGCCACGUUCCCGGGGCAGGACCCCGUGGGGCUGCUGCAGCGGCAUCCCGACAUACUGACGAACCUGGGCUCGGAGGCGGCGGUGGAACUAACGGCGGAGUACGGCGAGCUGAGUACCAAGGACUGA